AUGCGGACCGCAACAAUCAGCCCCGGGACUUCGGCAGGUGGCUCGGGGACUGUAGCAGUCGCACCUGGCCCGGGGACCUCUGAACCCGGCCCGGGGGUUGCAGUAGUCGGCCCAGGGACUUUGGCAGGCUGCUCGGGGACUGCAACAGUCGCACCCAGCCUGGGGACUUCAGAACCUGGCCCGGGGGCUGCAGCAGUCGGCCCGGGGACUUCAACGACACAACAAGAGGCGGUCGACCCCAACCCGCUGCCCCCCAACCCAACCGCCCUGGUUCUAGUGGCCGUGAUGACAGUAGUCGAAGCACCAUCAUGGGCGCAGCCCAUCCUCAACUUCCUAGUGAGUGGAGAGCUACCAGCAGACGAGAUCUCGGCCCUACAGGUGCAACAUCGGGCAGCAACAUACACGAUAGUAAAUAGAGAGCUUGUCAGGCGCAGCCUGACUGGCUUCUUCCAGCGCUGCGUUGAGCUAGAGAAAGGCAAGGCAAUCCUCAAAGAGAUCCACCAAGGCGAGUGCGGCCACCACGCGGCCUCCAGAUCCCUUGUCGCCAAAGCCUUCAGGCAUGGAUUCUUCUGGCCGACUGCUUUGGACGACGCCAAGGUCUUGGUCAAGAAGUGGAAAGGGUGCCAGAAAUUCGGCUCCAAGCAACACCUGCCGGCUUCUGCACUCAAGACAAUCCCCCUCACCUGUCCAUUUGCCGUCUAG